UUCUUGUUAACUCUCUUUUCUUUCCAAGAGAAUCUCAGAUUCCCUACAAUAUAUCCUAAGUAAUAGUGUUCAGUUCAAAUGAUGUCUGGAGUGUGAAAAAUAGCAUCAACAUCAGGUUUAUAGUAAGCUGAGAAUAGGUCAUGAUUAGUUUAGGAGGAGAAAUGUGACAGUGUAUAUCUGACUACUUUGCUAGGAGAAGAAGGGUCAGUUGGUAGUGCACCAAAGUAUUGAUGCUAUUAGAUAUGGAAUUUUAAAAGGAAAAUUUUACCUCAUUAUGAGAAGAGAAUUCUGCUGCCAGGCCUCAUAUUAUGUGUAUAAUUCCAUUCUGCAAAAAGCUUCCUGGCUUGCAAGGAUAAGAUCCAUAGUGAAUAAGGUACAAAAGUGAAAAGCAAGAUUGCUGCAUGGUCUAAUUAUGAUUAAGGUUGUAAAAAUGGAUUCUAGUCUUCAGAAGUUACAGCCAAGAUGGAAGUUUUAGGUUACCAGGUAAUUUAAAAUACAUGUUCACUUCCAUCUGUACUAUAGAGUGCUGGUCUGAUUUUAAGGUGAAUACACUAUUUGUGUGCCUUAGUUUUCCAUUUGUAAUGACUCACCGUGAGUCAUGAGUGGAUGACUCAGAGAUUGUGGACAGUACAGCUCCUAUGGAUUGAAAUCAGAGCCCGCCUGACAGGUACUGAUAUGGAUUUUCCUACAAUGCACAGAACUCCAAAUGACAAGCCAUGCACGUUCAGUGCAGUUUGUGCAGGUCUGCUAUAAUUUCCUUUUCUGCCUGAGACUGAUUUCAGGGUAUCCAUAUUGUUAUAACCUUUACACAUCUGAAAAAUGUAGUACUUCUUUUCCUGAUUUUUUUCGUCUGUGGUGCUCUUCAGGCAAUUAGGUGAGCUACAGUUAUAGUAUUCACAUUUUUCAUGGAAUAUAAUACAGUGGAUUUUCUAGUACAACGUAGAUCAUAGUAGUACAGCAUAGAACUGUAGUUGUAAAAAAACAAAAUUGACUUCAUUUUCAAUAAGCUUUGUGUCAUUUUAAUGUACAAACCGUGUCCUUUUAAAUUACUGACUAUUGACAUUACUUCUUGCCUUUAAAUUUUGAGAUUACCUCUGCCAACUCUGCAAUUCUGUAAGUAUUUCAGAUGUUGUGACUUAACUUUGGUAUCUUUAUCUACUAUAACACCCAUAAUCAUCUAAAUACCACUAUACUUACUUCCUAAAAGUUCAAAAAAUAUAAUUAAAAAAUGAAUGUUCUUAAAAGACACAAUUACUUCUAUUUGCUGAAUAGCUUAAUUGUCUAAGUGUCUACCAUGUGGUUCACAGCUUUACAAAAGCAAAAAAAAAGCAGAUGUUGUUCAUGUCCUCUCCCCAUUAUCACAUACAAGUGAGAAUCUCUUCCUCAAUAUGGACUUGCCCCAGCUCAGAAGAAAAGGUUGGAAAGUUUUUGUUUCCAUCAGACUAACCAAGUGCCUCCAGUUUAUUCCAGUACUCCAAAAUCUUAUAUCAUUAAUUGUCAUUUACAUUAAAUACAAGAUGAAAUUAAAAACCACCCAAAUAUAAAAAUACUAAUUUUUGGAAACUAGAUAUAAAAUUAAACAUUGCAUCUUCCCAAAUAGUUAUUUCAUUGCACUGAUACACAUCUAUCCUUGGCUGUGGACUUAUAUAUGAAUGGUACUAAAUAGGUAAGUAAUUGGGCAAACAUUUGUUAAAUUUACCUGUUUGGGUCCUAAGCAAUGCACAGCAAUCUCCACUGUUAGCAGGAAAGUGUGUGAUCUCUUUCUAUACCUACUGCUGGGUGAUAGGUGCAAUCCCCCAUGUACAACCCACUCCUGCAAGUUACAAAAUGCUACUCCGUGGUUGUGAUGUCCAGGCUUUCCAAAGGUCUGCAAGAAAGUGCAUCAUGCUUAAUUAUAAACUGCCAUAACACAGAACUAAUUUUUAAGUAAUUGAACUUUUGAUAUUACAUUUGCAGCUGAAGCCAUUUCCAAAUAUGAGAUGGAAGAAAAAACACAGGUAGCACUGGCCUCUAACUGCAUUACAGUUGGAUUUAAGUAAUUUCUUACAAUGGGGCAUUCUCCAGCUUCCAUUAGCUGUGUGAAUGACCUCUAAUUUGUAUUGUAGAAAAAGCCUUCAUACAGCAGCACUGCCAUCUCCUGCUUGCUUGCUUCCAUGCAGGCAAGCACGAGGUCUGUGCUGCAAAGCAGCCACAGUGAAGGUGCAGUUUUCUGCUACGAGGUAAGUGAGGAAGUAGCAUUUUCUAAUACUCAGGGAUAACACAUUUGGAGUUCUGCAGAUGGGGAGAGUUUUAAAAGGUGAAUUUUUUUAAGCACAGAAAAGUACUUCAGCCAUUUGUCCAGGAUUUCUGAUAAACCACAUCCCUGCCAUUAGUCCAGGAUUUCAGAUAAACCACAAACCCACAAUAGCUCAAAAUGUGUACAUUUGUGUGCUUGUGCUGUACCCAAGAAAUACAUUCUACCUGUUGAAUAUACUUCCAUAGAACUGAUCUGUUCACAAACCAAAACAUUUGAAAAGAUCUAAAAUAUUCCCUGUAGUCUGCAUAAGUGCUGCAAGUCCAAAGCAUGAAUGACUCAUGAACGGGAUUAAUUCAAUGCAGUUGGAGUGUAUUUGAUCAUAUGCAAGCAUUUGUGUGGUCCAUAUGCAGUAGGUCCAACAGGUCCCAGAUGUUGGGACCACAUACGCUCUGAACCAUUAAGACACAGGUGAGAUAGAGCCAGAACACAGAGUUAUAAUCACAGUCAUAUCAGAAUACUGCUUUAUUGCUUAUCAUAAACUGGGACAAUUUAUGCUUCUGAGAAUAUUUCUACACAUUUACAAUGCCUGGUGCAGGGUCUCUUGCAGUCAGCCAUGUGCCCACUGAAUUCUCUCUGCUGUGCCAAGGGGUUAUAGAUAUGGAUCUUACAGCUCAAACCUGCUCCUGCUUAGGGAUUCGGCUCUGGUACUGACAUCACCUCAAACUUGACCAAGCACUGCUGCAGUCUCAGCUUAUUGCCACCAGUGAUGCCACUUCAAACCAGCCAUGUCUGUCCCACACAUUGCUACACGCUGGGCUCAGAAAUGCCAGAGGAUGUGACACUUUUGCUUUUGCUUCUGCCUUGGAAUACAGCUAGAUAAGAGACUAGGACAGAGGUUUCUACCAGAUUGUUCUUGAACCUGGAAAGCUUCCCAAACAAGAACCUACCGUGAAUCAUACAGGAUGAUGAAAAUGCUCUUGGUUACUUGAAUUCUUUUUUUGGACAAUCAUAUUCAAUACACAGAGAACAGAAAAUUGCAUCCAAAACAACAAAAUAUGGAAUCAUUGGUAAGGAACAUAAUAGUGGAUAUAAAUGAUAGCUGCCUAAGACAGAUUUACCCUUCCCACAGAAUCACAAAGUUUUAUUAUUCUAAUUCUUCUCUCCUUUGAAGGCAUAUUUAUUGUUAAGAACAAAGUGAGAGCUAUUGAAGACAUUAGCAGGUAAUGAAAAACAGUUCUGUUGCUUACUAGCCCAAACGUCCAGCAGGGUAAAAAGGUAGAAGAAAGUCACAUAAACCAUUUAGUUGGUGAGAUCUCAGUUCACACUCAGUUAAUUGGCCUGUUUUGCAGGAUUUAAUCUGGCAGCAUAAGAACCUUGAAAUAAAUCUCUUAGCUAUGAUUAGAGAUGAAGGAGAGAUUAGCACAGGCAGGAGAGUUGAAGCGGUUUUCUCCAUUUCCAUUGGUGAGUCAAUGUGAAGACAGAGCAACUACAGAGACAUCAGGAAAUCAUUCAGUCAUCCUCAGGAUGUCCAGUUCAGGUAUUUUCUCCCUUGUAUUCAGCAAGUUACCAGUUUCAAGAUCCUACUCAUUCCUCUGAAACAGGUUAGUGGUUUCUUUCAUAAUGUCAUAAAUAGCAAUGUAUGUUUAGCUAAUGUUUAGCUAAAAUAGCAGAUUUUAGCAAAAUCAGUAAGAUAAGAUGUGGUUUGUUUAUGACAAAAUUGCAAAAUUUCUUUGAACAAUUCAUAUUUAAUAAGCAAAUAUUAUAAAUAAAUAGCUGUGCUAUGUCUUGUUCAAUAUAGUUUGGGGAAUUUGAUAGCAAAGGAACAUUUAGGUGGUAUCUUGGAAGCAAAUUGUACGGUGAUGGAAGCUGUGUUAAAAGUUAGAUAAAUUUGAAUUCGAUAAGGAAAACUUGAGAACAGUAUUGAUAGUAAGGGAGAGAUUUCCACAUUUAUUUGGCUUCUUUUGCUGAAAGAAGUAUUUCUCCCUUUAUAAGAAUAAAAUCCAGUUUGCUCUCCCAUAGCUGGGGAAGACAUGUCUGUGUGUAUAUGAUUCAUAACUCUGGAGUGGUUUACGUGCAAAGAUUUCUAAGAACUAUGACAGGCGUUAGAUCCACUGAAAUGCUGGGAGCAUUUGUGGCUUUACACUAAUCUGCUACCAAGUAUGAAUUGGAGAAGAACAAACACACAUUGAAGAGCAAGACUAACACUUUCAGCUCAUAAUUGCAGUUCCGCUCCUUCAGCUGGAAAAACUUUCUUCAUCAUGCUAAAAAAUUAUACUAUGCAGCAGUUUGUGUGUUACAAGAGAUCUUACACUAAUAAAUGUAUUCAAUACAUUAUUAAACAGGGAAAGAAUAAUGUUAGGAUGCACUUACAAAAUUCUUUAUGAUAUGAAGAGAGUCAUUAUCUGAAAUAAACUCAGUAAACUGUUAGCAUAGGUGAAAAACUUAGCAUACUUACGUUAUUAUCCAUGUAGUAGGCUAGGAACAAGGAACAGAAUAGGUAACUUGUUCUUCUGUCCCGGACUUGAGGCAGUCAAGGUUUCAUGACAAGCACAGUGUUUCCCAAAGAUCAAUCCCAAGCAUAUCAGUGAUAGCCAGGGUCAGUCAACAAGUGGUCUUUGAACUACAACAACCAGUCAUUCCAUCCCUUUCCUCUGGUACCAAGACUCCAUGAAAUCACAGACCCUAUGCUGCUGGUGUGUUAGAUAAAUGUCAAUGUUCCAUGAAAUCUGAUCCUAAAAACAAUACUAAAAAUUGACAAAGGAAGCUAAUAAUACCUCAUGAGAAUUUCUGGAGACAAGGAAUUAUUAGAAUUUUUCUUGCACAGAAACUUUUUAAACUUCAAGCAUCUGAAAAUGGGGGAUGGAACUGUAUCAGAAUAGCUCCAUGAGAUUGAAUGUAUUCCUGCUUCUGGAACUCAACUUCAAAUUUCUUUACGGCUAGAAUAUGACAAAGUCUCAAAUCUCUCUGGAGUAGAUGAAUUUUAAAAGAGUAGAACUAUUGACAACUUUUGUCCAAAUGUUAAAACAAAAUAUAUUUAGCAAGUAGGGUGUUUUCAGUAACUAAAUAACUAAAUGUGUGCUGAACAAUUUCAAGGCAUUGUUCAAAUACAUAUAUGUGUUUCACAGAAACAAACAGUGAGUGAUACAUUCAUAUGUGCUGGCUAUUGAACACGAACUGUGUAUCAGGAAUGAGCAAAUUUCACAUCAGAUUCUCUCUGCUGUGAGCUCUGAGGCCUGAGUAUUGGGCAAAUAAACCUGUUAGCAGCCAUCAUUUACAGCUAUUUAAGGUCAAGUCACGAACUGCUUAACUGGUGAAGCAAUCAGAGAUACUGUCUCCAGGCUUAACAGGCUUAUUCAGGCUGUCAGCUGAAUUUGUAGGGAGGCUUAAUUCUGUACCAGCAGAGCGUGAUUCCUUCAAAUGAGGUCUGAACAAUACUGGAGAAGAAUGGUGUGAAGCAAGUGCUAUAAUUUUAUGACUAUUCUCUGGACAUCUCUGUAAGGUGAUUAUACUAUACUAUUGUGACAAUACAAUCACAAUCAAUAUUCAGCCAUAACUGAUAAUCAUACUUAACAAUCAUUAAAAUUAGGGCCCUGUUUUUAAACUCAGAAAGCUUCUGGCCUCAACACCUUUGGAAAUAGACUGGUAAGGAAAAAUACUGUGCAUUUAGCACACUAUUCUGUGUAUUGUACAAAAGAUACACAGAGCUGAAUAGCUUUGAGGGGAAUUAGUUUUCUCUGUAAAUGCAGGAGAAAAUAAAUCCAACUUGAAUUCAUUAGAUCUCACAGGCCUUAAAAUCUUAAUGUAUGAAGAUAUUUAUCCAUACCCUAAUAUGAAUCACACAACCUAUUCCUUGCCUGUACAAAUAGAACUGAUUAUUUCCAACGUAAACACAUGAAGACGCUGGCAUUCCAUUGCCUUUUUAAACUGCACUCUGCAACAAUCUGCUUACCCAAUGCUAAGCUUCACUGCAGCUGGGGAUCCUUUACCGGGUCAGUGUAGCCCUACUUCUCUCCAGCUUGUCUGUCUGCAGGUGUUUUUCAUGUUGUUUUAGCUGAUACAAGUUUUAUUCAGUAAUAGCAUCCACUAACUUAGAAAAUAUUAUGCUGCUUAUACAUCUCUAUUUCCCCAGAUUUAUAGGAUUACAUUUUACUUUUUAUAAAUAUCAUUGUAUUAGUGUAAUUAAAUUACUGUAUAAUUAUGUAAUGCAGAAUUUUACAGUAUAAAAUCACUCUAAUGAGAGUUGCCAAAUUAGGAGCAACACAAGCAAGUUUUCUGGAAAGAAAAAAAGGCUGUAUGUAUGUUUGUCUUGUUUAUUCAACUUUUGAACACAAACCUGACCAUAACACAGGAAUCAAAUACCUAUAAUUGUUAAACAAAAAAAAAAAAAAAAAAAAAAAAAAAAAAAAACCAAAAAAAAAAGCAACAAGUAGAAGGGAAAGACACUGGGAGUCUUCUGAAGGGAAAGACACAGACCAGUUCACUUUUAGGUAUCAGAUCCACACAGAAAAUAGGUCUUGACAAAAAUUCACAGGAAUUCAGAGUCUCUGUUCAUACUAUUCACUUGUUUUUAAUUGCUCUAAUUGGUCCUUAGAAUUUAUUUUUUUUUAGUGAUUCACACUGGUAUGAAACUUAAGCAAUAAGUUUCACUAGGGCACUCCCUUGGCAGGACUCAGAGUGCAUGAGGCUGUACAGGAAGUUCUCUUGUAGGCUCUAUAAAUACCUGGUCAAAGAGACAGUAAUCUCUCUCCCUCUUCUUCAGAUUUCUACUGCAUGCCUUGGAUCCAUGCUCCUAAUCAGCUUACAAGCUUCCCUUGACCUACGCUUCCUUUCCUAAUGCACGUCUGACUAUGGCUGUCCUCAAAGUCAAAUUCACCAAAACCAAGAGGGACAAGCUGGCUCAGAUCUUAUGGAUCCUCAACUGGGUUUCUGUAGUGAGUGGGAUCAUUCUCUUCAGUCUCGGCCUCUUUCUGAAAAUAGAGAUCAAGAAGCGCAAUGAAGUGAUGGCAAAAGGGGACAUUAACUCUGUCCCCAACAUGCUGAUCUCUGUAGGGGUCAUAGCAUGUAUCAUCAAUUUUCUGGGUGGCAAAAUCUGCUAUGACUGCUCAGAUGCAAACAAGUUCUCCCGAUGGAAACUAGUAAUGCUGCCAUACAUCGUAUGUACCUUUUGUUUUACCUUCUGCAUCCUGGUGGGUGCUCUCAUGUGCUACACCAUGAGGAACGAGCUGGAAGAGUCUCUCUAUCUGGGACUGAGGGAUGCUAUUAAGUUCUAUAAAGACACAGACAUACCUGGGCGGUGUUUCUUAAAGAAAACAGUGGAUUUGUUACAAAUUGGAUUCCGUUGCUGUGGAAACAAUGGCUUUAGAGACUGGUUUGAAAUUCAAUGGGUAUCUCCUCGUUAUCUGAAUAUGGCUUCCAAGGAGGUUUUGGACCGUCUGAAGAGCAAUGUUGAUGGGAAGUUCUUGGUGGAUGGAGUCCCCUUCAGUUGCUGCAACCCCAGCUCCCCACGGCCCUGCAUCCAGUACCAGCUGACAAACAACAGUGCUCACUACAACUAUGAUUUCCUGACAGAGGAGCUCAAUAUCUGGAUGAAGGGGUGCAGAGAGGCCCUGCUGGAUUACUACACUGGUAUCAUGAGAUCCAUUGGCAUUGCAGCAUUACUUAUUUGGUUGUUCGAGCUCUCUGUACUGAUUGGUGUCCGGUACCUACAAACAGCCAUGAAGAAUGUCCUUCUGCUAGGAGAUCUGGAGGGUGAAUCAGAUGGUUGGUUACUAGAAAAUAGUUUUGUGGAAACUGCCAAAUACAACAUCAACAUCAUUAAGAACCUCGGUAAAGCCAACCAGAUCUCCACUGUCUCAGGCAUGAACGACCCCAAUAUUAACGUUCCAAACACAGACUGUGACAAAACUAAUAUUACAACAAAAUCUAUCCCUGCAGCUAGGUAGGCAAAUCUUCCAAGAAAUGACAUCACAAGUCUAGCUUUGCUCUAUUACAGUCCUACAGUCACCAGAUUUUAUCUGGUGGGGAAAAAAAAGCAAGGUAGAAAAACUAGUAAAACAAUUGAACAAACCACAGACUGGUGACAGCUCCAAAAAUGCUGAUACUUCCUUGGAUGGAUGUGUUUUUACUUGUGAAACCCCUGAUUCUCAACACUGCACAAAACUUCUGGAAUGUCCCCCACUUUCUCUCCUUUACUUACAGACUUCUAUCAUGGUCUGAAAGCAUCAGAAUUAUCAUUAAGCAUAAGCAAAUAUUUCAGACAGGAUGGGUCCACAUGUACUAACAUACAGAUUAGUUGAAUAGGUACCAGAGAAGUUUGUCAUUACACCUAUAAAAAUCCCAGGAGCAGGGAAUUCCCAAAAGAAAUUAUUACGCUGGGUAAAAAGAUUCUUUACAAAAAAGACAAAAACUGAAACAAAGAUUCUGCUGGUGCAGGUUAGGAAAGUGGAAAUUUAAACAAAAACAUGCAUAUAUUACAGCCUACAAUAACCCACCAGGUAUGUGAAAUUCAGGUGAAGGCAAUGAAAGUUACCACAAAAGUAUUUCAUUUGUUUUUCCCAAAAUGUCUGCAGUAUCUUUUCAUUUUCCCCCCUCCAAUAGCUUAGAGAAAGCCAAUUGCCCCACUUCCCUCAAAGUCAAAGGGUACAGCUGAAAGGAGUUUUCUGAUUAAUAACUGCCAGCUCGUGCAGGGAUAUUUAAACUUCUAACUAGCAUGUGAUAGCACAAGCUUAAAAACAAGUAGAUACUUCCUGUGAAACAAACACUGACGAUCCUAGAUGCUUGAAAGCUCCUUGUUUCAUAAGUACUUACCACCCUGAUCCAGGGGUGGGAAAAUCAUAUAUAUUUGAAAUCAAUGAAGGCAGACACACUGACAGCUCAUGCAUCACACCCCUGGUACAAUGCUCAGGAGCUUUGUUGAUGCAUGGAGUGAAAGCCUUCAAUGCCCAAACCACCUGUAGUUACAGGGUGCCCUAUGACUAUAACUGAUCAUUAAUAGUCAGCAGGAAAAAUGUACCAAUACAAACAGAGGUGGAAAGACCAAAUAAAAUAUUUUACUUGCUA